AUGACACUCACAACAUUAACUCAGUUAGAUCCGAAAAGAAAAAGUUUCCUGCUUCGAUCUCUUUAUGAAAGCAAGUUAAUUACUGUGGAAAGGCAAAGUAAACCGACCGAUCAAAGUGUUUUGCUUCUUGAACGUGCCGAUCUUACCGAUGUCAUACUUGGUACAACACGAGAUUCUCGCAAAGAUGAUUUUUCAAGAGAAAAUUUUAUUUCCUGGAUGGAUGUGUAUCUAGCUGGUGUUACUCUGAUCAAUGCGUCAUUUCGUCAUGUUCGCUUAGAUUGUGCUAAUUUUAAGAACGCUCGCAUGGAUUCUGUUGACUUCAGUUUUAGUUACAGCAGCUUAUUCCCAUGUUUUGGUAUUGAUAGAAUGUGUUCGAUAGACUUCAGCGAAAGUUCAUUGGUCAAUGCGAAUUUGAAUCAUGCCGGCUUCUGCGGUGGAAAUUUUCAUUCAGUUAAUCUAACCUUGGCCAAUUUAUCUUAUCUCGAAUGCUCAGAUUGUUCAUUUAGCUUUGCAGUGUUCGAUAGAAUGGAAAUGAGUUUCGCUUCUUUCAGGGACUUUUAUUCUUAUAAGUCAGGAGACGAUUUCACAUUUUCAGAAUUCAGAGACACAGUAGUUCAUGGAACUUAUUUUCAAACAGCAAAUUUUCAGGGAUCGAAAUGGUUGAAUGUAAGUGCACAAGAAAUAACGUUGGAUAAAUGUUCGUUGAACUCAGUGGUACUCAACGACUGCUCGUUUAGUAAUGCAAAUUUCAAAUAUACGUCAUUCGUCGAAGCCAAACUGUCUCACAUUGAUUUGAGUUUCAGUACAUUGCGGAAUGUUACUUUCCGUAACGCUGAAUUUUAUCAAGUGAAUUUCAGUUCUAUUGUGUGUCACUGGUGUGAUUUUAAGGAUGCUACUUUCAAAGGCUGCAUUUGGGACAAUUCCACGUUUCGACAUUCAAAUUUUCGCGAUUCAAACAUUUCUUUAGAAGAAUUACAACAGAUUGUUGACUUCACCGGAUCCGUCUUACCUAAUGGAACUCGUUUUGAAAAUAACAACGACAUUCAUCGCCAAAUGUAUUAG